UCUGUUGUCAUAUCAACAAAGACAAGAACAAGAAACCAUUUAGCGAUAAUUUAGUGUUCGAAAUAAUCACCGAAACAUUUUACUAAGAUGACCUACGCAACUUCGAGGGAACUUCCGUUUGUGAGUGAACUUCGUGCAAGUGGACACGGCGAAGUUUGGGAUCACACUGACGAGAAGAAAUUCCAACAGUUUGGCUGGCGAUGCACUAAUACUGAAAGUUCCUAUUUGCCGAAUGAAAUUCUUAUAGGAAACUGGAACGAACAAAGAUUUGAUAUAAAGAAUCUGGGCCAGGCAAAACCGAUUCCAUCACAGUACGAUCAUUACUUCACAACUACGCAUUUCAAAAGUUACGCUAUCCCGGGGGUUAACAGAGUACCCGACUCUCUAAAACACUUGGAAGCUCGUGAACCCACAGCCUUCCCAGGUCACCAACCUGAGAUGGAUCCUCCUAAACUGAAGGCUCAGUACAACUCAUUCAUGACUACGUCACGAGCGGCUUUUGGUGACCCAUCGAAGAUGAAGUGAUUCUGUCUAAGUUAUUCAGUUUGGUUUUUUAAAUAUAUUUUUUUGUUUAUGGAAUAUAAGUGUAAUAUAUGUAAAUUUAUUUUGUUAAUAUAUUUUGAUUAUUGUAAAAGUUUGUUUAGAUCUUAGAAGAAAAAAAAAAACUUUUUUACGCUUGA